AAAGCCCACAUCCCCACACUCGUCAGUUUAGUUGCGUAUCGCGCCGUUUCCUGCGGCUGAGGACUGGACUGAGUGUUUGCGCUUCGUGUUCGCACUGGAUAGAGAAAACACACACACACACACACACUCAACUGGAAGUGUGUGUGUGAGAGAGUGUGUGUGUCAUGAAUUGUACCUGAGCCGGGCAUGUGGGUAGUUAACCGGGUUCCUGGGCGUGGAAAGGAGGCAGAAAGCCCCUGCUCUACUUGUUAGUGUUGGAAUAUUGUUGAAGUAAACUUCAGCAGUGACUGCGCAACUGGACCAGCGUCCGGGUUGAGCCAUUAAAAGCGCUUUCCUCUUAUCAGGAUGUAAGAUUUAGGAACUUUUUUUUUUUUGGGACGAGAGCUGACACAGAAGAGGACUUUUAAAAUCUCUGAGGAAUAUAUAAGAGAAAAAAACAAGACGGUUCAUUGAUAGAGAGCCCGGCGGCGCAUCCAGGGGAGAGGAGAGUGAGGUGGAUCAUCAGGCCUGAACACUAAACAGGACAGUGAGGUGGUUGGGAGAUCAACCGACCUGAAGACUAAACAGACAUGAUGGAGCCGUGGUGGCCAUGCCAGUUUGCCCUCAUCACCCUGGCAACAGUUUACCUCACCUGCUCGAAUGCCAAAAACGCAGAGUUCCUCUCUGACACUUUGAUCAACAACGUGGUGGCAGAUCCUCGUACAGGUCGGCUGUACAUCGGCGCUGUGAACGGCCUCUACCAGCUGAACCCCAACCUUGAGUUGGAGUCCCGCACAGAGACGGGCCCCAAACGGGACAACCGGCAGUGUACCCCGCCCGUCACUGAUGCUUGCGAGGAGGCCGUGGACACCGACAACCACAACAAGCUACUGUUGGUCCACAGCGCCAAAGACAUGCUGGUGGUGUGCGGCAGCGUCUUCAGGGGAAUCUGCUCACUGAGGAACCUGAGCAAUGUGGAGCAGCUGCUGUACUUCAGUGACACCAAAGGAGAGAAGUCGUAUGUGGCGAGUGCAGAGGAGAGUGUCUCUGUGGUGGGAGUGAUGUCCUUCUUUACUAAAGACAGAGACAACUUCACUGUGUUCCUGGUUGGUAAGGGAUAUGGUAGCCAUGACAGCACCAAGCUGAUCUCCACCCGCAUCCUCCAGGACUACGGUGAUUGGGUGGUGUUUGACAGCAUCAUCGAGGCCUCGGCCGUGCAGGCCAAUCCCUUCGUGCUACGAUACCUCCACGACUUCCGCUUUGCCUUUAAAGAUGGCGGCUUUGUCUACUUCCUGUUUUCACGGACGCUCGGCGUGCAGGACACCAAGAACUUCACCUUCAUCUCCAGGAUGUGUGAGGACGAUCAAGGCUAUUACUCCUACACUGAGCUGCAGCUUAACUGCAGCGCAACAAACAAGUACAACAAAGUUCAGGCUGCCUAUGUCGCGGUACCAGGUGAGGUUUUGGCUCAGAGUAUGACCGCAACGAACCAGUACGGACUAGUUUCAGCUGAUGACAAGGUCCUGUUUGUCACCUUCACCUCUGAUGAAGACGCCUUGUCCUCAGCAAUGUGUAUGUAUCCACUACAGUCUAUUAAUAAGAGGCUGGUGGAGAUAAUUGGAGCCUGCUACAGCGACAAUGGCAUCAUCAACAAAAAGGCUGCUGUCUACUCACCUUACUCCUCCAAGUCUGAAGAGCUGUGCAGCAGCAGUAAUCAGCACAACAUGGCACUCAAAUACAAGUGUGGAGCUGAGUUCCUGCCCUCGCCUCUGGCCAGCAAGGCCGAGUUCGCCUUAACCACCGAGCCGUCAUUGAUCCGAAAAGGUCACAUGACAGCUGUGGCUGUGGCCGUGGCAGCGGAAACAGGGCAUGCUGUGGCGUUCGUGGGCACUGCCAAUGGAGAGGUGCUGAAGGUGCAUCUGUCUGCUCAUCCGGAGGUGUACGGCCGAGCGCUGGGCGAAGUCACAGGGGACAAGGUCAACAAGGAUCUGCUGUUCGAUUCCAGCCUCCAACACCUGUACAUCACCACGGAGAAAAAGAUCACCAAGGUUCCUGUUCAGGCCUGUCACCAGAAGACAGACUGCCAAGCCUGUGUCACCAUGAAGGAUCCGUACUGUGGCUGGUGUGUCCUGGAGGGAAAAUGCACCAGGAAGCAGGAGUGUGGCGGGUCGAAUGAGGAAAACACCUGGCUGUGGUCGCCCAAUCAGCAGUGUGUUAAGAUUGAGGCCUUCAACCCACCGAACCUCAGCUGCAAGAAGACACAACAGGUCGAUAUCAGCAUACCAUCCCUGCCCAGACUCAGGCCCGGUGAUAGACUGCAGUGCUUUUUUGGCAAAGACAGUAACGAAGCUGCGAUGAACCCUGACACUGGCGUGGUCACCUGCUCGUUGCCUGAUCCCGUCAACAUCCCUCCCACUCCUGACCAGCAGGAUUACGUGUCUGUCCCGGUCAUUGUUACGGUGAACAACAACAUCAAGGUGACCUCUAGCGAAUAUCACUUCUACAACUGUGCAGCUACCGUCAGGAAGAACCCGAAUACACCGUGUAUAUCAUGUGUGACCAGUGAGUGGGGCUGUCAGUGGAAUGCUCAGGACCACAGCUGCAGCGACAGUGAUGACACUGUCGACGGAGAUCACAUUGUCAAACCACAACAGUCGGACAGCUGUCCUCAGUUUGAGGCUCCGGAACCACUGUUGAUCCCUGUUGGAUUUGAGAUUCCCAUCAGCUUCCAAGGCCGAAACCUGGAGAUCUAUGCGGGUCGGAGGUUUUCCAUAGGGACUGAGCUCAUGAAACACACAGAACUCACAGUCACUCAGGAAGGAGGGUCAAAGUUCAGAUUCGACGGCUAUAAGUUUGAGUAUGACAAGCAGCAGGAGGUGAAUGUAUCCUUCCAUAUCAAAGACAGAGACACUGAGAGGAAGAUUGACAGCACACUGACAGUGGUGCUCUAUAACUGCUCAGUGAAAAGAGAGGACUGCAGUCUGUGUAAACAUGCUGACUCUAAGUAUCACUGUGUUUGGUGUGCCACCUCUCAAACCUGUGUUUACCGAGAUCUUUGCCUGUCGCCACAGCCGGCACAGUGUCCCAACCCAGAAAUCACAGACAUCAUCCCUCGGUUCGGCCCUCUGAACGGUCGCAUCGCGGUGACCAUCAAAGGCUCAAACAUGGGAAUAAAGAAGGAAGACAUCAAAAAGAUCACAGUGGCUGGAGUGGACUGUGUUCACCAGGAGGACAGAUACUCCGUCUCCACCAGUGUGGUGUGCGAGAUCGGUCCAGCAAAACGAGAUCCGCCAUCUGAUGUGCCGUUUGAACCCAGAAACCAAGGAGCAGUAACUGUACAAGUGGAGGGAGGGAGAACGGGAACAUCACGGGUCAUUUUUACUUAUCGGGACCCCAAACCGGACUCUGUUGAACCAGCAAAGGGUCCAGCAGCUGGUGGAACCGUCAUCACCAUCCAAGGAGAAGAUCUGGACACUGCGACUAAAGAUGACAUUGCCGUCACAGUGGGCGGAGUCUCAUGUGAAGUACUUUCGUUUGGGACAGAGAUCACCUGUAAGACUGGCAGGUACCGUGGACAGAAGGUUCCCUCUGACGCACUGACGGUGAGCGUUAAAUAUGGUAAAAACACCACCAAAGAUGUCCCAUCGGCCUACCAGUACUCUGAAAACCCAAAGAUCACAGAUUACAACCCUAAGGACAGCUUCGUAUGUGGCGGUCGGAGGAUCGUGGUGAAUGGAAGCGGUUUUGACUUGAUCCAGAGAGCUACCAUGAAAGUGCUGAUCUCUUCUGAUGAGUUUUCACAGAACACCACGUCUGUAGAGUACACCCAGGAGGCUGUGAGUAAAACUGACACAAUCCUCCAGUUCGACUCUCCGGCUGUGAACGGCUCCGUCGACAUUCAAUUAUUCAGAACGUUCCUGCAGCUUGACAACGUGAACGAGGAGCUGAAGAGUUUCGACUACCAUCCUGACCCCAGCUUCAACAAGUUGGCCAAGAACGUCAUCACUGAGACCAGCAUCAUCAUUGUGACUGGGCGAGGUUUUUCUAAAGCGAUGACAGCCAAAGAGGCCCAGGCGUUUGUUGGAGAUGCCUCCUGUCAUGUGAACAUACUGCAGGACGAUAAGUUGAUCCUGGAGGCUCCAUCAUCUCAGCCCAGAGCCAGAUCCAAACGCCAGCGCAGAGACACAACCAAUGACCUCCUGGACUUAGUGGUGAAGUUUGGUCAUGGAGAGUGGUUGGUGGGUUCAGUCUACUACGCCAGAAAAGACGACAUCCCCCUGGCUAUAAUAAUCCCUUCAGUUAUUGUACCAAUGCUGCUCUUCAUCGCCGUCUCAGUCUACUGCUACAGGAGGAAGAGUCAGCAGGCAGAGCGGGAGUAUGAGAAAGUAAAACACCAGUUGGAGAAUCUGGAAGAAAGUGUAAGAGAUCGCUGCAAGAAAGAGUUCACAGAUCUGAUGAUUGAGAUGGAGGACCACACUAGCGACCUGAGCGAGGCCCGCAUCCCCUUCCUUGACUACAAAACCUACACAGACCGUAACUUCUUCCUGCCCUCCAAAGACAGAGCCAAUGACACCAUGAUCACAGGAAAAAUACAAAUCCCAGAACCUCGCAGGGCCACAGUGUCUCAGGCCCUCAACCAGUUCUCCAACCUGCUCAACAGCAAAACCUUCCUCAUUAAUUUCAUCCGCACAUUGGAGAGUCGUCCUGACUUCAAUGCACGGGCUCGGGGUUAUUUUGCUUCCCUGCUGACGGUGGCACUGCACGGUAAACUGGAGUAUUACACCGACAUCAUGCGGACACUGCUGCUGGAGCUGAUGGACGAACACGUGCAGAGCAAAAACCCCAAACUCAUGCUGAGGAGGUCAGAGACGGUGGUGGAGAGGAUGCUUUGUAAUUGGAUGUCCAUCUGUCUCUAUCAGUUCCUCAGGGACACAGCAGGAGAACCAUUAUAUAAGUUGUUCAAGGCCUUAAAGCACCAAGUGGAGAAAGGACCGGUGGAUGCCAAGAUGAAGAAAGCCAAAUAUACUCUGAAUGAUACUGGGCUGUUGGGUGAUGAUGUGGAGUACUCUGUACUGACUUUGCAGGUGCUGGUCCAUGGGGAGGGACCAGAUGUGACUCCAGUGAAGGUGCUGAACUGUGACACCAUCACUCAGGUGAAGGAGAAGAUUAUCGAUCAAGUCUACAGGAAUCUGCCAUACUCACAGAGGCCGAAGGUGGAGAGUGUUGCCCUGGAGUGGCGUCCUGGAUCAACAGGGCAGAUCCUGUCCGACCUCGACCUAACCUCCCAGAAGGAAGGACGCUGGAAGAGACUCAACACUCUGGCUCAUUACAAUGUUCGAGAUAAUGCCACGCUAGUUCUGUCCAGAGUUUUACACACACAGUCGUUUCAUCAACACCAAGACAGCUAUGAAGAGAAAAAUGCUCUGCUAGAAGACGACAAUACAUUCCACCUAGUGAGACCAGCGGAUGAAAUUGAUGAAGUGAAGUCAAAGAGAGGCAGCAUGAAGGACAAGGCGAUGACCAAAGCCAUCACCGAGAUCUACCUGACCAGGCUGCUGUCUGUCAAGGGCACGCUGCAGCAGUUUGUGGAUGAUUUCUUCCGUAGUGUGUUGUGUUCAAGCUCCGUUGUUCCUCCGGCUGUGAAAUACUUCUUUGACUUCCUGGACGAACAGGCGUUGAGACAUGACAACGUUGAUGAGGAGACACUACACAUCUGGAAGACCAACAGCUUACCGCUGAGGUUUUGGGUGAACAUCCUGAGGAAUCCACACUUCAUCGUUGAUGUCCAUGUUACGGAGGUGGUGGACGCCUCGCUGCACGUCAUCGCUCAGACUUUUAUGGACGCCUGCACCAAGACGGAGCACAAACUCAGCAGAGAGUCUCCAAGCAACAAGCUGCUCUAUGCAAAAGAGAUUUCUACGUACAAGAAGAUGGUGGACGAUUAUUACAAAGGCAUCCGACAGAUGGUUCCAGUCAGUGACCAGGACAUGAACACACACCUCGCUGAAGUGUCCAGGCAACACACAGACAAGCUGAAUACCCAGGUGGCCUUACAUCAGCUCUACCAGUAUGCCAGCAAGUACUACGAUGUGAUUAUCCAAUCACUAGACGAGGACCCAGCAGCUCAGAAUAAACAGCUCACACUCCGGCUCCAACAGAUCGCUGCCGCUCUUGAGAAUAAAGUCACUGACCUUUGACCUCUGACCUCUUGGCGUGGGUUGCGGGAUGGCUACUUAAACACAAGAUGUCAUUUUCCAUUUAAGGGUUCAAAGGAAUAAGAGCUUGCAGACUCUAGUGAAUGUUAUAACCAUAUAAGGACUGUGGGUGGGGCUACAGAAGCCUCAGGAAGCCAUUGACCAUAUAAAGACUGAAGGGGGAGGAGUUAUGGGAUCUCAGAAGGUUUAAAGAGAGAAGAUUUUGGACAAAUGAAGAGUUAAUAUGAGCCCAACUGGUGGAAACUGAAGCGCUUAUGUCCACUACAUUGUAUUACCCAAUUCCACUUGGCAUCCCACGAAAAAUAUAAAACAGGGAAGCAAAAUGGCACCUGUAAUACGACUGCAGUUGAGCUUUGUGAAAUCAAAGGGUUAUUUUUUAAUGGUCGCUUGGCAGUGUAUUCAGUAUUUUGGACAUAGCUGGUGUAUAUCUGUGUUUGGCUUCUUUGCAUCACUUAAAGUUGAAUUUAACCACAUAAGGACAUAAAAAGAAGGAGCCGCCCCAAGAAUAACGAGUUUUGGAUAAUUGAGAAGAAAUUAAGUCAAGCAAUGAGACAUGACGGGAUACUUCCUUUUUUGCCACUCAGCCUUUUUUAACGUUUCAUUUGGAAAUACAGCAGCCCUGUGACUUUUUUUUUUCUUUUUGGCUCUGAACUGUGGAGGUGAGGCUAUUUUGCCUUUAAAUGCUGUUCUGGGGUCAAAUUUUCUGCACCAUCACUUAUUGCUGUAUCAGAAAAUUAGAUCCAAAGUCAGCAACAGUGAAUACCUAAAGCACAGAAGUACUCGGGUGAACUUUUACCUUUGAAGAGAGUGGAAAAAAGAUUAUCAACGAAUGAAAACCACGGUACACACCACUGUCCAAUCAGGAGCCUUGAUUCUGAUGGCACAAAUAAGGAGAGAACAUUCAGGGUACGAUGAAUCAAGAUUUGUCUGAACAAAACAAACAUCAACCUUGACUUUGGCCAAAUGUUUUUCACAUAAAAGCUGCAGUGUGUUUCUAUGCUGACGACUCUGUGUUGUUCACACAAAUCACAGCUGAAUAAUUUCACAUUGUGUUAAUCUUUUUUUGCAGGCUUUAUGCUGUGGCUUUGCAUUCACAUAUCAAACAUGAAACCUAUGUUUUUAAUGGACUGAUUGUGUGCCACUUUGUUUUUCUUUCGUAAAGUGUUAAUCAAGGUGCAUAAUGUCAUAUCCAGUAGUUCACCUUAUCAACAUUAUCCUGUCGCUGAAGACCAGCUUCUUUUUAUUUCCUGUGAAAAAUCAUGACUGCCUAAUCAUGUGGUCUGAACAGCCAAACAUUUGUAUUUUUACAUGUGAUUUUGUUUUGUAGAAUUUGCCAACUUUGACUUCUUUUGCAAUAUUCUCAUCAUGUAAUGCAGUGUUUUCUUCUCUUGCUCUCUGCACAGAUGAUGGAUAGUGAAUGAAUUGUCUUCUGAAGACGGGGCACCCAUAGAUCCUUUAAAAAGGCUUAGACUAAAUCUAGAUUAAUGUGGUAAAGUGUCUUAAAUACACUUGUUAUAGGCCUUAGCCCUCCAUCGUGCAUAUAUCUGUAUGAUGACGCAUCAAUAUGCAUCUUUUUUUUUUCUUUGUUAAACAACUGAACUUAAGUUUUCUUAACUUUACCAGGGUCAUGCAGUCAGUAUUAGUACUGUUGGUCCUGGGUACAUACUUCAGUACAUACCACCAAAAACUGGAUAUGCUAUCAUGCAAAAAUACAAAAACAUAACUGCAUAAGUGCAAGUAGGUUAACACCCAACACCUGCAGCUUCAUGGAUAUGCAUGUGCCUCCUGGUGAUGGCAUAUUCCUCAUUUUAUCCAUGAAGUGGUUGAAAUUACAACCUGCAGGAAAUGUAAAAUAAUAUUCAGUGCACCAUCCAGUCAACAAAAAAUAUUCCCUUUUGUUAAAUUGCAUCAAUAAAUUUGGUCUCUCUUAAACUUAAGAGCCAAAUAAUUAUUCAAAAAACCCAUAAAGCAGAGUUGGUAAAAAUAUGUUCACCUCAGUGGUUUAUUAAUAUUGGAGAGACAUCUUAAAUCUUAAGUUACAUGAUCAAUUAUAUCAUCAGCCACUCUGCAAAUGAGUAAUUUGUGGACCAAGUGAUGAGAAUAUCUUCAGCAGACAGACAGGUUUAAGUGCCGUUACCACUGAAGUAUAAGUGUUCUCAUUUAUCUUCUGUUACGCUACAUACUCUCUUCAACAUAAACUCGUCAUAUAUCUGAAUUUUUCUUUGCCUUCGAAGCCCGGACGAUGUUCUUUAUUUAGUGCUUGAGUUGAGUUAAGCAAAGAUUAAAUAUGCAGUUUGUAACUUUGCAUGACUGAAAUGAGAUUCUUGGUUCAGAAGUUUGUCUUUUUUUCUGGUGAUGUCAAAAGAUUGGCACGUCAGAGAUUUCAGAUUUUACAAACUGCAUUUUUAAAUUCACAUCUGAAGCAAUACCACCUUAGGGCAGUCCUGUGUGUCUUUGUACUCCUCAAAUUUCCAGAUGACCAGAUUUUGGUACCACAUGAUUUCCUAAACAAAAGGCUGAAGUAAAUGCUUCUGAGCCUUUCCCUUUGUUUGCUUUUUUACUUCCCAUAAGCAUUGCCUACUUUCACUUUCAGUGCCAAACUGUAGAUGAUGUAGAUGUGGAGUGAUUUUCUGUUCACAUUUGAGUUAUGUAUGAUGGACAAAGUCAGAAAUAAGUGAAACAAACAUCGUAAUGAUUUGGUGGUACUUUUUAUAAUAAACAAAAUAACUUUAGAAAUGUGAAAGUUUCUGGAGGCUGUCAGUGUUGGUACAGGUACUGAGUUUGGUUGUAAUGCAAACUGCCACGUCUGCUUUUCACAUGUAAACCUUCCAAUCUCUUAAAAUGUUUCCGAUCAUGUUUCCAACGUAAAAGUACAAUCCCAUCACACAUCAGAUAUAGUAUAAUAAUUAAAUAAGUGACAUCAAUUUAAUUUUAACUUAUGACAAGUCCAUAUUUGACCUAGUUUAUCCCUUAUAAUGUCUUUAUUUCCCUCCAACACUAGCUUCUUUCUGCCUUCUUUCUGCCACCAGCAAGUGCCUUAAAGAGUAAAACUGGAAGUAGAAACGGGAGGGAAAGCCAAAAAAGGUGAUUCGAAGCACAUAUAUAGUGUAUGGAUGGUUUGAGUCUUGUGGCAGUUUUUACAAUAGUGGUUCUUACGCAGGAGAUUACAAUUAUAAACUGGAAGAAGAAACAGGAAAAGGACACACUUGGACCUGUCAGAUGUUAAGUCACAUCACUGAAACAUUCCCCUCAUUAAUAUUGAAUUUUUUUUGGAAUUCGAGUCACAAAAUCUUGACAUCUUUUGACCAUCAGACUAAACUGGUUCAAGAAGUUGUCAGCAGCCAUGAAAACAGCAAAUGAUUCCUUCCUUGCUUUUCCAUUGCUGUGCAGCGUUGUGCCCACUGCUGCCACCUGUGCCUGGACUUUUACCGAAAUAACAAUUAUGUUGCUGCAUAUUUUGUCAUUUUUGCACAGACAACUGCAACCAGUGCACUCAAAUAAACUGAUAAACAUGGAUAGUGCAGACUUUUUCCAUUUUCUUUGUUAAGACUCUGUGUUAAAGUCGAAAGGAACUUGGUUAGCUGAGGGUUUCUAUGUGUACUUUAAUUAACCAACCACUACUACACCGAUGCUUGUUAUUUCCACCCAUAUAUUCCUUUGGGGCCAAACAGCUCAGUGAAUAUUUGACAGGUGGAUCUGGCCGUAACGCCACAUGUUUAAGACUGCAUAUGGUACUGCAGAGUGAAGUGUUCAUGUUAUGACUGGAUGAAGGAUCAGCACAGGGAACUGAGCCUUCAUUGUAAGUAGAUGUAUUUGUCGCUGUUUGAGGUCAGAUGUGUUUGUGUGACAUUAAACUGAAGCGUGAUUGAGAAAAUUGUUACAUGAAGCAAAAGUAAACAAUGGUUUUUAAAAGUUUUGAAUGUUAUUCAGUAAAAAAAAGCCCACUGGUACCUUUUUUUUUGUUUUUUACCAACAUCAGAGGUUAUAAGGUGUUUAUAGCAUUGUUUUACAGUUUGUACAUCACAUACAACUUUCCCAUUGUUUAUUCUUGUAACAUCAUUGUAGGAAAAAAAAAAAAAAGGUUUGAUGGACUGGACCAAGUGUAGACUUUGAAAUGAACAGAAUCAGCACUACCA